GAGGUGUCACCACCCAACGGGUGCCGCCAUUUUGACGUACACCUUACCGGAAACGUUUGCCCUAAGUUAGCCGACUAAUUUUUAUAGCAUCGUUAGACCCAUUUCAGCAAUUCAAACUAUAUUUGCACGAGCUAGAAAUGGCCGGGACGGCAUCAGUUGCUGGUGAGGUGUUUGUUGAUGCUUUGCCAUAUUUUGACCAAGGUUAUGAUGCUGCAGGUGUCAGAGAAGCGGCUGCAGCAUUGGUUGAGGAGGAGACCAGAAGGUACCGACCCACCAAGAACUACCUGAGUUACCUACCCACGCCUGACUUCUCUGCUUUUGAGGUGAUGAACCCAUCAGACAUUCAAGGUGUUGAUGCACUGAAAGAUGAAAGAGUCACAGCUUUUAUUGAUUUAUUUGCCUCUCAGACAGAAAUCAUGAGGAAUGAAUUUGAGCGCUUGGCGGCCCGGCAGCCCAUGGAUCUCCUGAGCAUGAAGAGAUAUGAGCUGCCAGCGCCCACAUCGGGGCAGAAGAAUGACAUCACGGCGUGGCAGGAGUGUGUCAACAACUCCAUGGCCCAGCUGGAGCACCAGGCGGUCCGCAUCGAGAACCUGGAGAUCAUGUCGCAGUAUGGAACCAAUGCCUGGAAAUUCUACAACGAUAACCUGGCCUGCAUGAUUGAAAUGGCUCAAAAGGAACUUCAUAAAUUCAGGAAACAGAUCCAGGAUUUGAACUGGCAGCGUAAGAACGAUCAGUUGGCAGCUGGAGCCAAACUGCGAGAGCUUGAAUCCAACUGGGUGUCACUGGUCAGCAAGAACUAUGAGAUAGAGCGAGCUAUCGUCCAGCUGGAAAACGAAGUGGCUCAGCUCAGACAGCAGCAAGGCGACGAGAACAAGGAGAACAUCCGGCAGGACUUCUAGCACAGCAACAGCUUUGAGCCUCGCUGA